AUGUCUCCCACCCUCGAAGCCUCCCUGCCUCCCUCCACCACUGUUCUUAUUCGUUCUUCAUCUUCGAUCAGAACUGUCACCCUCCUCUCAGAUGACAAACGACCUCAUCACCGGUCUUCGACGCCCUCAUCUCCAAACAAGUUCUUUGUGUUUCUAGUCGUGAAUCGGAUCAUCAUUCGCCUGCUCCGCCAAAUCCUUCCACUGGUUCAUCAGGAUGGAGAAGCUUAUGCUUACCUGCUUAAUGUUCUUGCACCAGAACAUUGCAGCCCAGGCACAUUGGAUACCAAGGAUCCGACUGAAAGGGCAAAUUUGGUACUCGAGCAUGCAGAAAAAAUGGAUUGCAAAAGAUACUUGGCUCCUAAAGAUAUCGUUGAAGGCUCUGCAAAUCUAAACCUUGCAUUUGUUGCACAUACUGUUCAAGAUUCACUUGGUAGUUUGCAGAUAAUGAGGAUCUACAAAGUGAGUGGAAAGCUGCAAAAAGGAGCAACAAAAUCAAGAUUUACUCUUGAUAUUGACCUUGAUGCUCCAAAAAUUAGAAUUCAUAUAAGAUUAAAUGUCUCAUAA